AUGUCGGAUACUUUGGAGGGUAGUAGCAAUUGUGAAGAAACUAUUAAUAUUGAAGAAUCUCGUCGAAAAUAUGAAGAGCGCCGACGAAAAAUUCUCGAAGAAGAACAGAAAGAACGACGAAAUGGUAUGAAUAUAUCAUCGGAUGAAGACGAUAACGAUGUAGAUGAUAUGUUUUUGACCGCUGUUCAACGAAAAAGAGAGAAAUUGCAUAGACGAGCUCUUUUGAAACAAGUUCUGGCUCCAACUUCAAAUCAGAAAGAAGAAAUUGAAAGAAAACGUAAGCGAAAAGAAGAGGAAAAACAACACGAAGAAGCAAAAAAGACAUUACUUGAAAAACAUGCUGAAAUUAUGGAAAAUCAAGAAGAAGUUGAUGAAAAUGAGAAACAACGACGAGAAGAAGAAGAAUUAUUGGAUAAAGUUACAAGAGGUGGAGCACUUGCAGAAAUGACAAAAGGCGAACAAUAUGAAAAACCAAUUGAAACUGGGUGAGCAUUUUAUAUUUUUCGAAAAAGUUUUGAGUUUUUUUCAAAGUGAAACUGUUUUUAGAUGGCAUCCUCCUGCUCAUAUUCGAAAUCAAACUCAAAAAGAUUAUGAAGAAAAUCGUAAAAGAAGAGGAAUAAAUGUAGAAGGAGAAAAUAUACCACCUGCAAUUGGAAGUUUUCUUGAGAUGAAAUUUCCAAAAUCGAUUCUGGAAGGUUUGAAAAACAAAGGAAUUUUUGCACCAACAGCAAUUCAAAUGCAAGGAAUACCAGUAGCGUGAGUUUAUGAAUUCAAAUAAUUCCCAAAAAAACAUAUAUCUAUUUCAGAUUAUCAGGUCGUGAUAUGAUUGGAAUUGCAUCAACGGGUUCUGGAAAAACAAUGACAUUUGUUCUUCCACUUUCAAUGUUUUGUGCUGAACAAGAAACUGCUCUACCUUUUAAUAGAAAUGAAGGUCCAUUUGGUUUGAUUAUAGUUCCUUCAAGAGAAUUGGCCCGACAAAUUUAUGACUUAGUCAUUGAAAUAUUCGAAUUUUUGCAUAAAGGAGGAUUACCAUUAAUGAGAGCUGGUUUAUGUAUUGGCGGAGUUCCUUUAGGAGAACAAGCUAAAGAUUUUCGACAGUAAGUUUUAAUUCAUAUUUUUUAAAAGUAAAAAUAUUUCAAAAUCUUCAGAGGUCUUCAUAUUUGUGUUGCAACUCCAGGACGACUUUCUGAUUUAUUAACAAAGAAAAUAAUAAAUCUUGAAGUAUGUCGUUAUUUGGUUCUUGAUGAAGCCGAUAGAAUGCUUGAUAUGGGAUUCGAGGAUGAAAUCAAAUCGAUUUUUUAUUUUUUCAAAGCACAAAGACAAACUCUUUUAUUCUCUGCGACAAUGCCGAAAAAAAUUCAAAAUUUUGCAAAAUCCGCAUUGGUUCAACCAAUUGUUGUGAAUGUUGGAAGAGCUGGAGCAGCAUCAUUAAAUGUUUUACAAGAAAUUGAAUAUGUUCGAUCGGAAAAUAAAUUGACAAGGAUUUUAGAGUGUUUGCAAAAAACAGCACCAAAGUAAGUGACUAUUUUUGCGUGAACUUGUCUAGUUUUUGACAUUUUCAGGAAAAUUAAAAUUGUUUUCCAAAUUGCCACGUCAAAGUUCACGUUUUCACAAAAUUUAUAUUAUUGAAUUAAAAAUACGUGAGAAAUAAAAAACUAGGUCAAGUGACGUGGAUUUAAAAACAGUAUAGGUAGCCAUGUCGUCAGUUGCGAUGCGUGUGAGCGACACGUUUUUAGAAAUGAAAAUUUGGCAAAUUCAAUGGAAAAUAUCGAGGUCAACACGCAACGCAGAACCGCAUCGCAAUUGACGACAUGGCUACCUAUACUGUUUUUAAAUCCACAUCACUUGACCUAGUUUUUUAUUUCUCACGUGUUUUUAAUUCAAUAAUAAUUUGGCGCAUCUUUCAACUUAAACAAUUUUUCAUUUUUCAGAGUUCUCAUAUUUGCGGAGAAGAAAAUCGAUGUUGAUAAUAUUUAUGAAUAUCUUCUUGUAAAAGGAGUCGAAGUUGCAUCAAUUCAUGGUGGAAAAGAUCAAAUGGAUCGACAUGCUGGAAUUGAUGCUUUCCGAAAAAAUGAAAAAGAUGUUCUUGUUGCAACUGAUGUCGCUUCAAAAGGUCUCGAUUUUCAAGGAAUUCAACAUGUUAUUAAUUUCGAUAUGCCAGAAGAUAUUGAAAAUUAUGUGCAUAGAAUUGGAAGAACUGGAAGAUCUGGAAGAAAAGGAUUGGCAACUACAUUUAUAAACAAAAAGGCUGAAAUGUCAGUGAUGUCUGAUUUGAAACAAUUACUUGUUGAAGCUGGACAAGAAUUGCCGGAUUUCUUGAAAGAUUUGGCUGGAGAAGAAGGACAAGCACCUUCAGGAACAAAUGGAGAAAAAGGAUGUGCUUAUUGUUCUGGAUUGGGACAUCGUAUUACAGAUUGUCCAAAAUUGGCUGGAAUUGCUAAUAAGGUUUGUCAUUUGGAAAUUUAAAAAAGUUUUUGUUAGUUCAAACAUUUUCUAGUUGACAAAUUUUUGUGUUAAAUUUUAGAGCUCAAAAUUUGAAAUUCAAUAUGAUAUUUGCCUUAUUCAAAUUUUUAGUCGAAAAUUAUACAUUUAAAAAAAGUUUAUGUCAAAACCUGGCAAAAAACACCCCCAAAACUUUUUUUUUGGACUUUCUCAAAAACUGAAAGUCCCCUCGUCAAAAAUUUUUAACGUACAUACUGAACUAUGUAUGAUCUAUGAUAUUUUUAUUGUAAUAUAUAGAUUAUUCAAUCAAAAAUAUGAUUGUUUUAGCAAACCCAACAACUUGUUCGAGGUGGCGGCGGAGAUGAUGGUGCAUAUUGA